GCGCCAGAUGAGCAGUGGCGCCACAGACAGUGAGAGAGCGAGAAAGAGAGGAAGACACACACACACACACCAGUUUGACGAGGCAUACACAUACACACACACACAACAGCAGCCUGCAAAAUCUCUCCUCAGCCCGGAGUUUGAAGCAUUCAAGGACUCUUCUCCUUUUUUCUCCCCUCAGCUCUCAGAAAGUACAAAUACUCAAAGGUCUGAUCUCCUAAUACGUGCACCAACGCUCCACCACACAAAAAAUCCAUAUACACCGAUUCUUUGGAGAGUAAUCGCCCGGCAAGAAAACGGAGGUCGUGGGGUUGGAGUGUGUUCUCAUGGCCGAGUCAGAGACUGAAUGUGACACACCCGGCCUUGACACACUUGGGUCGGAGUGUGUCAUAGCCCACAGCCAUGUCGACCUUCACUAUGGAGCCGAAACAGAGAUCAUGACAGAGGAAAAGCGUGGAUUAGAGCUUGAGAUCCAUGGCUCAGACUUAAAGAUCCAGGGGCUGGGGACAGACCUUGGUGCAGUAGCAUGUGUUGAUGCGAUAGUUGCGGAGACAGACCAUGAUUACAUCAAGGUGGAGCAUGGUGAGAUGCACUGUUUCACUGCAGCAGAAAUCAAGACAACAGGAAAUGAGGCUCUGUUGGGAGAGGUGCUGCUUAAGACAGAAAGCGAGCAUGUGGUCAAAGUGGAGUCUGACCAUGGUGGCGAGUUAACAGUGGAGUCAGAGAAUGGAGUAAUCAUACAUGAAGCCCAUGGCCUCCAGUGCAACGAGUGUGGGGAGAUUUUUGGCAGCAUAGCUGACCUUCACCAACACUUUGAGAUCCAUAAGGACUUAAAUCCUUACAUCUGUGUCCACUGUGGUGAGAGCUUUGCUGUGGAAGCCAGCCUUAAACAGCACAUGAAGAUUCAUAUGAAAGAAAAACCCUAUGUUCCUCCUGGUGUUGAGAUUAUGGGCAAAGAUGUUAUUGACGCCUUCAGCCUCAAGGGUCAUCAGAUGAUUCAUUUACCAGACAAACCCCAUAGAUGCUCAGAGUGUGGUAAGAGCUUUGCUGCUGCCAUCACCUUGAGAGAGCAUAUGAAGAUGCAUUCAGAGGACAAGCCUUACAAGUGCACCCAGUGUAGGAAGAGCUUUGUUCGCAGAAGACAUCUGAAAAAGCACCAGGAGGUCCAUGCACGAGAGAAACCAUAUACUUGUGGCCAGUGUGGCAAAGGCUUUGCCACAACUUCCAACCUAAAGCAGCACCAGAAGUCCCACGCCACAGUUGUGCUCGGAGGAGACAAACCCCACCGCUGCGCACAGUGUGGAAAGUGUUUUGCAGCUGCUGCUACUCUGAGAGAGCACCAGAGGGUCCACUCGGGUGAGAAGCCAUACAAAUGCAACAUGUGUAGGAAGAGCUUUGUCCGUAAACGCCACCUUAAGAAGCACCAGCAAGUUCAUGCUGGAGGAAAGCCCUACACCUGCAGACAUUGCAACAAGGGCUUUAAUCACUCCUCCUCUCUCUCUCGCCACCACAAGACCCACCUGCAGAACCCGGUGUUUUCACCACCUCAGCCUGGGAAGCCAAUGUCGUAUGGCACUCCCCCUAAACAGAGGGUGCACCAGCAAGGAGACAAGCCCUACAUGUGCCACCACUGUGAUAAGGGUUUCAAUCAUUCCUCCUCUCUGUCUCGGCACCAAAGAGUCCACUCUGAGGGAAAGAGUUACACCUGUGCUCACUGUGGUAAACGAUUCAAUCACUCCUCCUCCCUUGCAAGGCAUCAGAGAGUCCACCUGGAUAACAAACAGCAGCAACAACAGCAGCAGCAGCAACCACCACCACCACCACAAUCACAACCACAGCAGUACACGACGAUCCCCACAGGGAAGGCCUUCCCAAACAACGCUUUCCAAAAACAGCGCAUCCUGCCCUCUGAAAAACCUUACAGGUGCUCUCAGUGUGGAAAGGGCUUUAACCAUUCAUCCUCCCUCUCCAGACAUCAUAGGAUCCAUGUUGAUCAGUGAACACCCUUUCCAACCCCCAGAUGUUGUCCCAUCCCCAUGCACACCACUACACCAACUCUCUGUCUUCUACCAAUGGUCUCAUCAAAGAUAUCACGGCACCACACCAGGCCAACUUCUAUAGACUAAAGUGGUCACGUCAGCACACGCGUGGAGCAGUUGAAAAAUAAAUUGACAGUAACACACAAAAGACUUCACAAUUGUUCUGAAAGACUAUGUAACCUGUAAGUCAGAGCUGAACCUGAGACUUUGUGCUCAGUUUGAAGAGGGUAUAACAAUAGCGUGAAGGAGCAUUUAUUCUUGUUUGAUUGUGCUUCACUUGCUCCAGGAGCAGUUUAUGGAACACUUUUAAAAAGAAAAAAAAAAUGUGUUUUGAAGAUCAACAUGAUAGAAUUGUUACUUCGGGAUAAUAUGCUUCACCCUUUGGCUGGUCUUUUUGAUAUAAUUCAGUUCAUGUACAUUCAGGUGGCCACACAUGCUUUUCAGCUGCAACGUUAUUCAACGAUACCAACACAAUUGGUUAACAAGAAUUGUCCCAAUUAAAAUAAAAAAAAAAAAAGUUAUUUCUUUUUCACUCACAUAACCCAUGUGAAGCAACAAUUGAAAAUCCAAUGUAUAUACUUACCAAUUUCCUUUUAUAUGUAUAGGUGACUAGUGUGCUGUUCCAAAAGAUUACAUUUUUGAUAGUAAGACCCACCUUGUCUCCACUUUUUUUUCCUUUAAUGACUAUAAUUUGUUUUAAGUGUUGGAGGUGAACAUGUUGCAGGUGUUUUCAUGCAGUUUGUUCUUGAACUUGGGCUCCACCAGAAGUGAGCCAUCUUGUAUAUUUAUGUCUACUGUGGGUUAGCACUGCUGCAUAGACUGAACAGAGAGAAAUACUGGCUGACACCCUGAUUCUACUAUGGUAUGCGAUUUAGCCAUAAAAUGCUUAUAGAAAUAAAAAAAACUUUCUGGGUAGCAUAUUACAACAUGGCCUGUGUCCUGAUUAUUUACUGUGUAGUUUCUUCUUUACCCCAGCACCAAAUGUAACUAAAAAAAUGCAACAUCACACUUUAUUUCCACGGAGACUAAUUCAAAGACCUGUGUACAGAAUAUAGGUAAUGUUCAGAUUGUCACAAUUUGAUCAUAGUUUGUGUAUACUAAAAAGAAUACAUGGAAAUCUCACUUUUACAAGAUUUUUUUCAAAUUCUGAUGGAUUGCGCUCUAUUUACUCUUCUGUGUAAAAUAUCUUUUACAAACUGAUGUAUUUUUUUAGAUAUGGCUUGGGUUAUAUGAAAGGGAAUGAGAGAUAUACAACUUUUAUGGGAGUGAACAUUAUAGUGAGCAAUAUUCUUAUUAUUUGGAUAACAAUUGUGCUUCAAACUGUAGCAUAGUUUUCUUCCUUGUGUUAGAUAGGUGCCUUAUUGCAUGCGAUGUAGAAAUGUAUGCUGAGCUGUAAUUUCAGUAAAAGAGUUAGGGUUUUUUUCAGGAGUCUUUUGUUUUGUUCAUACUAACUUACCCUACAUUUUAUUUGAUGUCACUGAUACCUUUUGCUUUCAUGUAUAUUACCAUGUGUUUACACUGUUACGACCAUAUUGUCUUUAUCCCCGCUGUUCAUUUUUGUCAAUGGCCUCAUUGUAGAGAGAAAAAUUGUAAAUUAUCCAUAUAGGCUUCUCUUAAGGGCAAAUGAUGUAACACCUUUUUUCCUUAUUUCUGAGUGGCACAUGUAUGGAUAAAUAAAGGUUGUUGACUCUC